AUGGGGAAUAUGACGUCAAUACCUGUUGAGCUAUGUGCUACAUUCGACGCAGAUGAAAUACGUCGAUUAGGAAAACGUUUUAAAAAGUUAGAUAUUGAUGGCAGUGGAUCUCUAAGUGUGCAAGAGUUCAUGUCGAUACCUGAACUACAACAAAAUCCGCUUGUGCAACGUGUUAUUGAUAUAUUCGAUACAGAUGGAAAUGGAGAAAUUGAUUUCAAGGAAUUCAUUGGCGGCAUCUCACAAUUCAGUGUUAAAGGAGAUAAAGAAUCAAAAUUAAGAUUUGCAUUCAAAAUCUACGAUAUGGAUAAAGAUGGAUUUAUUUCAAACGGAGAAUUAUUUCAAGUGCUGAAAAUGAUGGUCGGAUCCAAUUUGAAAGAUUCUCAAUUGCAGCAGAUUGUUGAUAAAACAAUUGUCAAUGCGGAUAAAGAUGGCGAUGGUAAAAUCAGUUUCGAUGAAUUCUGUGCCUGCGUUGGAGAUUCAUUAAUCGACGAUAUACAAAAGAAAAUGACGGUAGCUGUAUGA